UGCUCUCCCCAGAGCAGUUCUUGAGCUGAGCUUUUAAACACAUUUUGCCAAAAAAUAUAAGAAAUGUUCUCUCUGUGUUCAUCCGCUGCCAAGGCGGCGUACUGCGCCCUCCGCUAUGGGCUCCCUGGAGCCGAUAAGCCAGCCCUGGAAGGAGAAGCCAGAAAUAUUCCAGAAUGCCCGGCACUGGCAGCUGGGAGUCACGGCUGUUCAUCCUGCCCGAUGGCCAGUCCGAGGGUGCGGGAGGAGGAGGAGGAAGAAUACGAGCAGAUUCUCCCGGACGAGCUCGCGGAAGCGCCGCCCCAGCAGCUGGAACCACACCUGUCGGAAGGUGUGGGGGAGAAGGAACAGACCCCGAAGACACUGAAGCUCAUCCUGGUGGGGAAAUCGGGCAGUGGGAAGAGCGCCACAGGAAACAGCAUCCUCGGCAGGAAAGCCUUUGAGUCUAAAGUCAGUGCCAGGGCUGUGACCAAGGCCGUCCAGCGAGAGAGCUGCGGAUGGGACGGGAAGGAGCUCGAGGUGAUCGACACCCCCGAUGUCCUGUCCCCUGCGGUGUCUCUGGACGUGGCAGCCCGUGACUUGCGUGAAGCCACUGGCUUCUCCUCCCCAGGGCUGCACGUGCUGCUCCUGGUGACGCAGCUGGGGCGGUUCACGAAAGAGGACCGGGAGGUGGUCAGGCGCCUCCAGGACGUCUUCGGAGAGAGCGUCCUGGCCUCCACCGUCCUGGUGUUCACUCGGAAGGAGGACCUGGCCGGCGGCUCUCUGGAGGAGUAUGUGCACGAGACUGACAACCAGGACCUCGUCAUGCUGGACGUGGUGUGCGAGCGGCGCCACUGUGGCUUCGACAACAGGGCGGAGGGGGACGAGCGGGAGGCCCAGCUGAAGGAGCUCAUGGAGAAGGUCGGGGUGAUCCUGUGGGAAGCCGAAGACCGCUGUGACGGCAGCAGGGCCCGCCGUCCUCCCGGCAAGACGUUCUGCUCGGACUAGGGCAGGGCGGGCAGAUACCGCAGGGCCCACGGCCCAGGGAGGUGCCCGGUGCGGGGUCCUGGCCCCAGGGGCCGCGAGGACCCAGAAGGCAUCAGAGGCUGAA